GGGCAUACAAAUUGUCGCUUUAUCCAGCUUAUUGGUCGCUAGCGCUAGCCAGCUCGCUGAAAACUUCACACAUUUCUCUUCGCAAGGGAUCCUGCGGUAAUCAUGUCUGCAGCCAUUGAGUCGAUGACGAGGUACGUCAGUCCGGUAAACCCGGCUGUCUACCCCCACCUGACCCUCAUCCUCUUGGCCAUUGGGAUCUUCUUUAUGGCAUGGUUCCUGGUUUAUGAGGUCACAGCUACAAAGUACACAAGAGAUCUCUACAAGGAGCUGUUAGUAGCCUUAGUUGCCAGUCUUUUUAUGGGGUUUGGAGUCCUUUUCUUGCUUUUAUGGGUUGGCAUCUAUGUAUAGCAUCCCCUCAUCGUAUUUUCUUUCUUCAUCUUGAGUAUUAUAGAUAUAGUCCAGACAUCCUUAUUUUCUGCCAAAGUGACCAAUCUCUUCAAGGGGCUCUAUGUGAAGGACUGGAAGAUGUUCAUCAGGACUCAUUUCAAGCUUACAUUGUAAUACCUGUUUGCUCUGACCAAUAUACCAUCUUUCUUCAGAGAGUCCAACGAGAUUGCUACCUACCCAUCUCUUCUCUCUUUGCCCAUCCCUUGCUUUAUCUCAUCCUAUAUCUUUCUUUUUUCCUUCUCUUCACUCACUUUACUAUAUUUUCUUCCUACACAUUCUCCUUGCUCCAUUUUGCUUUAUUUUGAUAUUCUCUGCUUUAUGUGAAAAAAAUAAUGUGUAAAUAGUUUCAUUCUCUGAACUGGCAACGUUUAAAAUAUUUUGUUCGUCUCAACUGCAUAGCAGAAUAGAGACAUAGAGACACUGCUUCAUGCUUCCCCAAUGAAAAAUUGACUCUGCCAAUACUGUCAACCCCUUGGAUGGAAGAAGACUUGGCCCUCUUGCCAUAAAUGGUACUAUUCAUUUGUGGAAAAGGAUUUUUGACUACAUUCCUUUACUGAAAAUUUCUUACCAUUGCCAGUUCUUAGAAUGUUUCAUAAUGAUGUUACGUUGUCAUCAUUUUCACUUCUAUUUCAUUGUGGUGAAAAUGGUGAUGUAAGCAAUUUUUAAGGUCUUGUUAAUUAGCUAUGAAUAAUUAUAUGAUCUAUAAUGUAGCAAGUAUCAUCCAAUCUAUCACAAUGUACAUUUGUACUACAGGGAAAGCCAAUGCUUGGAGGUCUGAGGGAUGUAUUUGUUAAUAUGCUUUGAACAAUUUUGAACUGUAAUAUUAGAAUGAUUAGAAUGUAUUAGAUCAUCAUGUGGUAAAAAAUCACUGAAAGUACAGAUUUGCCAAUAUUUUCAUAGCUAAUUACCAUUUAUGACUUGUGGGGAAAAAAAUACAGUGAACUUUGCCAAAGUUGAGUGAUUUUACUAUAUAAUAAAAUAGAUCUGGUGCAUAAAAAAAUAGAGAAAGACAAUGACUAAUUGCAAUUGGUUGUAACUGUUUGUACAUAACCAUGACUGUUAUGUUUGUUUGUGCAAUCAGUUGUACUGUUUUUCUACAGUUUCCAGACUUGUGCAAAGUUGUCUGUAUUUUUUUCAUUUUCUGGAGAUGUUCCAGUCAUCAUCAUCCUCAUCGUCGUCAUCAUCAUUGAUAGCGAGAUCGAAUCAGGAUAAUUCCUGAGGAGCUCCCUGCUAUCACCUCGAAAAAGUUCUUGAAAAAAACAGCAAAAAAAGGAAAAACAAAAAUUUGAAAAAAAAAAAGAAAUAAAAAAUAUGGGAUACAGGACAAAUUUAUUUGACAGAUGAUUAACUUCUCAAUGAAUUAGUGAAGACCUGCUUAUACCAGUAUUUUAUUGUCUGUUCAGGUCAGGCUUUGAAGAAUUUAAAGUCAAGAUUAUCAUAGAUGGGUUAUCAACCUUUAAGAAAUAAAAAGGCAAAGGUUUUUAUGAAAGUGAGGCAUCUGGAAGUCGUGUAUCACAUUUCUUGGCAUGGCCAAGUUUUGCGUAACUAAUCUCAGUAUUUAAAUGUUAUCCCUCUAGUGCCUGUACUGUUUAUCGGUUUUGAAAUUUCUGCACUAAAACUAAGUGUUAUUUAAGAUUAAUGGUUCCACACAUAGUGGAAAGGGAAGAGAAAAAGGUCACAAUUAUCCCAGUGAUCAACAGAAUUAUACAUAUCUUUGUUACAGUAAACUUUUGUAUCAGAAAGGGCCAUGAAUGUUUGAAACAUUCCAACUCAAAAAGUGAGAGAAUUUCAUGUAAGAUUUAUAGAAAAAAGAACCAGUGGGAGCAUCAUGUGUUUGAUAUGAAUUUAAUAAAUUAAUAAAUCCAUGGUA